AUGGCAGAAUCAACCUAUGUAGUUAUGCCUAAUAAUCCAAUUGCUGUAAUCGGGUCCCAAUAUUGCGCGCCUAACCAGGUUGAUCUUGUUAUAUCAAGGAAGGUGAAGACACUUAGAUAUGGAGAAUUUGUUGUUUCUGAUAUGAAUGGUAACUUAAUGUUCAAAGUUAGAGGAGGCCAAGCUUUUGCGUGGCAUGAUAAAAGAGUUAUUCUGGAUGCUGCAGGCAAUCCCAUGGUUAAUCUCAAACAAAAGAUAUUGAGUGAGCACUCAAGAUGGAAUGUAUUUAGAGGAGAAAACACGGAUGACAAAGACUUUUUAUUUACUGUAAAGACAACAUCCAUCUUUCAAUGGAAGACCAAAUUGGCCGUUUUCUUAGCAAAUAACAAUUCAAAGGAGAAAGAUUGCGAUUUUCUGAUAAAGGGAAGUUGGUCCGAUAAAUCAUGUGCUAUAUAUGCUGGAGAUUCUUCUACCAUAGUUGCUCAGAUGCAUAAGAAAAUUACUGCUAAGAGUUUAUUGAUUGGAAAAGACAAUUUCAUGGUGACAGUGUAUCCAAACGUUGAUCAAGCCUUUAUUGUCUCAUUAAUAGUAAUCCUUGAUGCUAUCAAUGCCCCCGUAGCUGCUGCUGCUGCCGCAGGUGCCGCUAUCGGUACCGGAAUAUCUUGUUAGAGACUCUUAGCGUGUUUUUAGUAUUAAUUUGUU